AUGCCCCAGGCUAUUAAGGGGACUUGUCCUGAUGACUUGAAGGAAUUCGCGGAGGCCAUAGUGAGAAAAUGUGGAGGUUUACCUUUAGCAAUUGUAGCCAUCGGGGGCUUGUUAUCAUGUAAGGGGAGAAAUAUCCGUGUGUGGCAAUCUGUUCUCGAUACCUUAGACUGGGAGUUCAACCAUCACCGAGACAUUGAGCGUCUAAACAAGGCCUCCUUGUUCAGCUAUAAUCACCUUCCGUUUUACCUCAAGUAUUGUUUCCUUUACCUUGGUUUGUUCCCCGAGGACUAUGAGAUUGGGAGGAAAAGGCUAAUACGAAUGUGGGUGGCUGAGGGGUUUGUUGAGGGAACUGCUCAUAAAACAGAGGAAGAGGUCGCAAACCAAUACUUUGUUCAGCUUAGCGACAGAAGUAUGAUUCAAGCAGUUACUAUACAUGCUCGAGAUGUGGUGAAAGCGUGCAAGUUGCAUGAUCUAAUGCGCGAUGUGGCCGAUCAAAUGCUAAAGGAAGAGAUAUUCGGAUCCAUCUUGGAAGAAGUCGUUGACAAGACUAUUCAAGAGAGACAAAGGAGACUUGCAAUCUAUGAAGAUGCAGAUAGUAUCCCCUCAGACCUCAGUAAGUUGAAUCUGAGGUCUCUUCUCAUUUUUAGAGUAAAUGAAUUGUCAUUUUCAGCUCUACAGAAACUGCUAAGGCAGCUCAAAUUGGUAAGAGUUCUAGAUUUACAAUAUGCUCCUCUAGAAAAACUACCAAAUGAGAUUGGUAAUUUGAUUCAUCUCCAGUACUUAGAUUUAAGAGGGACUUUGAUAAACGAUCUUCCAAAAUCAGUGAAGAAUUGGAGGAAUCUCCAGACGUUGGAUGUGAGAAAUACGGAAGUUAAACAUUUGCCUGCUGGAAUCAAUGAGCUGCGACACCUAAGACAUCUUCUCCUGUCUAGUUUUCAUGAUAGGGAGUGGAGGUAA